AUGGCAAUUAAAAAUAACGUGACAGAAUUUUUAUUGCUGGGACUGACCCAGGAUCUGAAAGGGCAGAAAAUCAUAUUUGCUAUAUUCUUAGUUUUUUACAUUGCUACCCUGCUUGGAAACCUCUUGAUCAUAAUAACUAUCAAGACGAGCCAGACUCUUGGGUCCCCCAUGUACUAUUUCCUGACCUACUUGUCAUUGUCUGAUAGCUGCUUCUCUACCACCACAGCCCCCAAACUGAUUGUAGACUCACUCUCGGACAAGAAGAUGAUCUCCUUCAGUGAGUGUAUGAUCCAGAUCUUUGUGUUUCAUCUCUUUGGCUGCAUGGAAAUCCUGGUCCUCAUUCUGAUGGCCUACGACCGCUACGUGGCCAUCUGCAAGCCCCUCCUCUACGCCGCCAUCAUGAAUCGACGUCUGUGUGGCGUCCUGGUGGGCCUAGCCUGGGUGGGGUCUUUGUUGCAUUCUUCUGCCCAACUUCUCCUCACCCUGAGUCUACCCUUCUGUGGUCCCAAUGUGAUCGAUCAUUAUUUCUGUGAUGUGCAACCCUUGAUGAAUCUCGCCUGCACCGACACUCACUUUGUUAGUCUGCUGUUCAUUUCUAAUGGCGGGGUCAUCUGUACCUUGAGUUUUGUAGUGCUCAUGGCCUCCUACGUGGUCAUUUUAUACUCUCUGAGGUCUAAGGGGGCUGAAGGGAGACGCAAAGCCCUGUCCACCUGCAGCUCCCACAUUCUCGUGGUCACCUUAUUCUUCGGUCCCUGUAUAUUCAUAUACACCCGGCCCCAUGCCACCUUCUCUGUGGAUAAAUCGGUGUCAGUCUUUUAUACGAUCAUUACUCCCUUGCUAAAUCCUAUGAUCUAUACUCUGAGGAAUGUGGAGGUGAAGAAUGCCAUGAAGAAGUUAUGGAGCAGAAAAGUGACUCCUAUUGAUAAAUGA